UUCCUUGUGUGGGAUACACACAGGGAGCAGCUCUCUGACGCCCCGGCUGCUCUCCCAACUCUCCACUUCCGGGCCGAACCGAUCUGUCUCGAAGCGCUCGCCGUUCCCCUGCCCGCCCGGAUGUGUUAAUGGAUUCCAGACCCGGAUUCCACCGUGGCGGGGGCAGCAAUCACACCGCCCUCGGCGGCUCGGCCUCCAGCUCCCCGGCUCUGACCGGGGCUCAGGCCCGCCGGCGGAAACAGCCCCUCCGGCCUGCCGACUUCAAACUGCAAGUGAUCAUCAUCGGCUCCCGGGGAGUGGGCAAGACCAGCCUCAUGGAGCGGUUCACGGACGACACGUUCUGCGAGGCGUGCAAAUCCACCGUGGGUGUUGAUUUUAAAAUCAAAACAGUGGAGCUAAGAGGGAAGAAAAUUAGGUUACAGAUAUGGGACACAGCUGGCCAAGAGAGAUUUAACAGCAUUACUUCAGCCUACUACAGGAGUGCCAAAGGUAUCAUAUUAGUCUAUGAUAUCACAAAAAAAGAGACUUUUGAAGAUUUACCGAAAUGGAUGAAAAUGAUCGAUAAGUAUGCAUCAGAAGAUGCAGAACUUCUACUAGUUGGUAAUAAGCUAGACUGUGAAAUCGACAGAGAAAUUACAAAGCAGCAGGGAGAAAAGUUUGCACAACAGAUCACAGGGAUGCGUUUCUGUGAAGCAAGUGCCAAGGACAAUUUCAAUGUAGAUGAAAUAUUCUUGAAAUUGGUUGAUGACAUAUUGAAAAAGAUGCCUAUGGACCUGAUGCGUAGUGAGUUAUCCAACAGCAUUCUGUCUCUUCAACCAGAACCUGAAGUCCCACCAGAAUUGCCUCCGCCCAGACCUCCUGUCCGUUGCUGUUGAUUAUAUUCUUGUUCUUUAGACAAAGCAGAACAAGGGCUCUAAGUCACUUUGUCCUGCAAUACAAUCAUUAGAAAUUGUCCCUUUUUUGCACUUCCUUAUCAGAGCUGUGUAAAUAUGCAAGCAGGGAGCCCAAGGUUAGGUAGCUACUUGGACGGAAUGAAGUAUUUCUGUUGCACCCUGGAUCAGCAGUCCAGCGUUUGCAAACAGGUUCAGUGAGUUCUGACAUGGAAUCAUUUGCCCAUUUGAUUAAACUGUCCACAGCUAUGGUUCCUAGUAAGCAAUUUAUAUAGGGUGCCACUAGCUGCAUCAUUCUUUAUGCCAGGUGCUAUCAGCUCCAGGUGUGGUCUGUCUAGCCAUUUUCAAAUACUAGAAGUGUUUGUUUUAAUUAUAUAUAUUUUUUCCCCCCUGUAUUUAGUCAUAUAUAUGGCGCUUAGCUAAAUAAUAAUUUGUCCAGAUAUAGUUGAAGGCCUUCAUGGAAAAUGCUUCCAUAAACAUUAUUAUUCUACUUAGUUUAUUCUUUAAUGCAAAAAAGGUCUUUGUUUUUAAUCUGUAGUAUUAUAAAAUUACUGGAACUGCCAUGAAUAUUAUAAUUUUUUUCCAGUAGUUUAUUUUAUUUGAAUAUUAUUUAUUAACGUGUAAAUUGUUUGAAUGGUAUCUGUUACAUUUACUCCAGGAGAUUGCACUUUGCACUGUAAAAGUGGCCCUUCUCUCUAAUGCAACAUAAACAGAAUCUUUUGUGAGCACAGUCAGAUGUUUUUUGUGGUAGGAAGGCACAUUGAACAAAGAUAGCAACAUAUGUGGUUAAUGGUUCAAGAGACAAUUUUAUGAUGUAACACUAAAUGGGAGCAUUUAGAAGUAAUCACCGGAAAAAACUGCUAGACUAUAAAGCAGCAUUGCUCUCUCCUAAAUGGAAACUAAUCACAGAGGGACGAAACAAUGUUUUGGGUUUUUUCCCCAUAUUCACUUACUAAACGUGUGCAUUUAACUUUGCCACUUUUUAUGGGAGGGGGAGAAUUUGUUUGGGGGGUGGGGGGAGGAGCAAGAACAUAAACCUAAAUGGCAAAUUUUCUUUUAUGAAGAUGGUGGGUUUGUGAACUACAUUUUUGGUAUAUCUCUUAUAAAAAAAAAAAGCACUGUAUAAUCUGGCGUUUGGGAAACAGUGGUUGAUAUGCAUUUGGAUAAAUGUGUGUCCUGUGGUAUUUGAACCAUUACAGUAUUUCUUACUAAUGAAGUGAAAAUAAACUUUUUUUUUUUA